UACAAAAUCGUAUAUAAAACGUUCUUUUAGUACAAACCAAAAUAAAAUUCUCUCGCUUUUACAUAAAAUGUCCCAAUCUAAAGAUCAAAUUCAGAGCGUGUUCGAUUGACCACGAGUGAGACACCGAGGCGCGUUUGGAUAUGUGAUCAGUCAUUAUUGCUCAUCUGGUCUUCAAUUGGUCUAUUCGACCUUAACAACCACUUGCUUUUGGCUCACCGAAGCUUCAAAAUACACACUGUUUUUUCUGUUUCGAUUAAGUUCCCUGAUCUUCCUCACUCUCUCGCUAAACUGAUCAACUAUCUGCAAUGGUGGAAAGCUACCUAGGCGACGAGUUUCAUCUUCCGCCUAAGCAUCCGUCGGAUGAAGCACUGAAGAACUGGCGCAAAGCCUGCUACCUCGUCAAGAACCGUAGCCGAAGAUUCCGGCAUGUCGCCGACCUCCCUAAGCGGUCUAUUCAUCGGGAUAGGAUUUCCGAAAUCAAGGAAAACCUGCGGGUUAGCUUUUACACUGUGAGAGCAGCAUUGCGAUUUAUGGAUGGCGCUGCUCAUUCAGAAAAUCAUCAAACACCAGAUGCAAAAGCUUCCGACAUCCGUAAUAAUCCAGAUAACCUCGCAUCCAUGGUUCAAAAUUAUAGCAUCAAAACCUUACGAUCACUGGGUGGAGUUGACGGAGUCGCUAAAGCCAUAGACGUAUCUAUAGAUGAAGGCGUCAAAUCCACGGAUUUAUCCAUUAGACAAGUUUGUGCAGUUGUUUCCAUAGGUGUAGGCCUCGCCACUGAAGGCUUUCCAGAUGGGAUAUAUGAUGGAUUGGGAAUCCUUCUUAGUAUUUUACUAGUAGUUACCGUUACUGCCGUUAGCGACUACAGACAAUCCUUACAAUUCAAGGAUUUAGACAAGGAAAAGAAGAAGAUUUCAUGUCACGUAACCAGAGAUGGAUACCGGAAAAAGGUGUCAAUUUACGAUUUGGUUGUCGGAGACGUCGUCCAUUUAUCAAUCGGCGAUCAAGUUCCGGCCGACGGGAUAUUCAUAUCUGGAUACAGUUUGUUAAUCGACGAAUCCAGUUUGACCGGAGAGAGCCGUGCAGUCAACGUGGACGAGACUAAACCGUUUCUUCUCGGUGGGACUAAAGUCCAAGACGGCUCAGCCAAGAUGCUUAUAGCCGCCGUCGGGAUGAGCACCGAAUGGGGAAAACUAAUGGAAACUUUAAGCGAAGAGGGAGAAACCGAAACCCCACUUCAAGUCAAAUUAAACGGCGUCGCUACAAUCAUCGGUAAAAUCGGUUUGAUCUUCGCGGUGUUGACUUUUCUUGUGUUGACUAUCCGGUUCUUAAUAGAAAAAGCAUUGCGACAAGAGUUUUCAAGCUGGAAUUCGAGUGACGCAUUAACUAUGUUAGACUAUUUUGCCACUGCAGUAACCAUUAUCGUUGUUGCUGUCCCGGAAGGACUACCAUUAGCCGUGACUUUAAGUCUCGCGUUUGCUAUGAAAAAACUGAUGAACGACAAGGCACUCGUGAGACAUCUAUCUGCAUGUGAAACAAUGGGUUCUUCCACUAACAUAUGCACCGAUAAAACCGGGACUUUAACCACAAAUCAUAUGGUCGUCCACAAAAUAUACGUAUCCGGUAAGUCAAAAGACGCAAACGCCCCUCUGGAACUCCCUGAAAACGUAUUGACCAUUCUGUUACAGUGUAUAUUCGAAUGUACAUGUUCUGAAGUGGUCAAGGAUACCAAUGGAAAAACUUCAAUUCUAGGCACUCCAACCGAAUCCGCGAUAUUGGAAUACGGUUUACAUUUAGGUGGUGAUUUUGGGACAGUUCGUAGCGAGAUUAAGCUACUAAAAAUGGAGCCGUUUAAUUCUUCCAAAAAGAGAAUGUCGGUCAUUACAAAACUGCCCGGCGGGCAGAUACGCGCGUUUAUCAAAGGCGCGUCUGAAAUAGUAUUAGGAAUGUGUGACAAGUUAUUGGAUGGAAGUGGAGAAAUUGUUGUAAUGUCUGAAGAGAAAAUGAGAUUUAUUACGAGUGUUAUAAAUGGAUUUGCGAGUAAUGCUUUGAGAACUCUUUGUUUAGCUUAUGUUGAUGUAGAAGGGGAAGGUGAGUUUGAUAUGAAAAAAGGGUUGCCUGAUUGUGGGUAUACAAUGAUUGCGGUUGUUGGUAUUAAGGAUCCGCUUAGGCCAGGGGUUAAGGAAGCAGUGGAGACUUGUUUAGCAGCUGGGAUUACUGUGCGUAUGGUUACGGGUGAUAAUAUUAACACGGCUCGAGCCAUUGCCAAGGAAUGUGGUAUACUGACCGAAGGUGGGUUAGCCAUUGAAGGGCCAGUGUUUCGAGCUAAAUCAGAUGCAGAAAAGCGUGAACUAGCACCGAGCAUUCAGGUAAUGGCUAGAUCAUCACCAACAGACAAGUUAAAGCUUGUAGAGCAUUUGAGGGGCCUGUCUGAAGUUGUUGCAGUCACAGGUGAUGGGACAAAUGAUGCUCCAGCUUUACAUGAAUCAGAUAUCGGAUUCGCCAUGGGUAUAGCAGGAACAGAGGUUGCAAAAGAACAAGCUGAUGUAAUCGUGUUGGACGAUGACUUUGCAACAAUUGUAAAAGUAGCAAAAUGGGGACGUGCAGUUUACAUAAACAUUCAGAAGUUUGUUCAGUUUCAGUUAACUGUCAACAUUGUUGCUCUAAUGAUUAAUUUUGUUUCAGCCUGCAUUACAGGGUCUGCACCCCUUACUGCUGUGCAGUUGCUAUGGGUGAACCUGAUCAUGGACACUUUAGGUGCGUUGGCUCUAGCCACCGAACCACCGAAUGAUGGACUCAUGAACAGACCACCUGUUAAACGAACCGAAAGUUUUAUUACAAAGCCCAUGUGGCGAAAUAUUAUUGGCCAAAGUGUUUACCAAAUGGCUGUCCUAUUCGUCUUGAAUUUCGCUGGAAAAUCCAUUCUCAAUUUGGACUCAACUGAAAUCCUUAAUACUUUCAUCUUCAACACCUUCGUCUUCUGUCAGGUUUUUAAUGAAGUAAACAGCCGGGACAUUCAUAAGAUAAACGUGUUUCAUGGCAUGUUGAGCAGUUGGGUUUUCGUUGGUGUCAUGGUGUCUACUGUUGUUUUUCAAGUUGUUAUUGUUGAGUUCCUUGGCACUUUUGCAAGCACUGUGCCACUAGACUGGGAACUCUGGGCACUUAGCAUUGGAAUUGGGUUCUUGAGCAUGCCAAUUGCCAUUGUUUUGAAGUGCAUUCCUGUUGAGAAGUCGCCCAUGAAACAACCCAAACACCCUGAUGGUUAUGAAAUCGUCGCUGAUGGCCCAUAAGGUGCUUGAUGAAAUGCCAAAAAGAACAUAAACAAACCCAACUUCAGGUUUAUGAAGCAUUUAUAAUUACAAGGUGUACUUCUCAACUGUUUCCUUUUUUUUUUUUUUUUUUUUCGGGUGGUGAGA